AUGGCGGAUUAUAAAGAUUACAUCCCUUCAUCACAACCUCAUAUCUCCGAUCAUUCAUCUGACCGCAACCCUCCUCUAAGCGUCCCAACAUGCGGAGGAAGCUCAGAAGUACUGCAAGGAAAUACUACAAGGAGGCCCAGAGGCAGGCCUCCAGGCUCUAAAAAUAAACCCAAAACUCCCACUGUUAUAACCAGAGACAACGAUUCGGCUAUAAAGCUAGUGGUUCUCCAAGUCUCCGCUGGUUCUAAUGUUAUUGAAAACAUCAUCAACUUUGCCCGUAAAAACCAUGUCAAUGUUAUUAUAAUCAGCGCUACCGGCUCUGUUUCAGACGUCAUUCUCCGAUAUCCUUCUCCUCAAGGGGCGCCAUAUCGUUUUGCAGGAAACUUUGGGAUACUCUCCUUGUCUGGCUCAUUCUUUGUUGAUCAUAAUACUACACCAACGCCAUGCUCUUCUUUUAGUAUAAUUCUUUCAGGGGGACAAGCCCAAAUCUUAGGAGGGAUAGUAGCCGGGGAAGUAAUGGCAGCAACACCAGUAACAGUGGUGGUGGUUACUCUUGCAAACCCUUUAUUUCAUAAACUUCUGUAUGAAGGAGAUGACGAAGAUCUUCACCAAACAAUGCCUAAUAACAUUGAUGGUGCCACCCAGUGUUACACUCCAGUUAUUCCUUGGGCUUGUCCCUAG